CUCUCGCAAUGGCUGCUCAUAUCCCAAGCAUUUCAAACGAGCCGAAGGAGAGAAACCGACAGUUGCUGGAGAUAAUGGCAAAGAAACUUUCGAAGAUGUCGUCCUUCGAGCAAUAUGCGAAUAGACUUGCCAAUUGGGCAAGCGAUCCGAGAGCGUAUUAUGACGAUGUUAAAGAAACUAUAAUCAAGCUGCUGGAGCGCGCGCUCCUCACAAUGCAAAAUGAACUGCGUCUAGAUCCUCGACUACCUUUCAAUAUCCAUCUGUAUUUAGACAAACCUUUCAUCGUUGCGUACAGGACUUUGAUACAGACCGUGUACCGCUUUCGGGAUAAAUUUCCUCGUGAUGGCUUGCGCCUCCAUUCGCGAUUGCAGGCCUUAUAUAUGACCACCACACCUCCGGAUGAAAUCAUAGACGUUGAGGCAACAAACUCGCCUGAUUCCUCCUCCGUGGCUCAGUUUUCUGGCACUGUAUCCUCCUCCUCCAUCAUCUCUACCCCAGUUGAUCCAAUAGUAUCCCCCUCCUACUACGCCCAUCCUCCUCAAUUGCCACCACUUCUUGUUCCUUCACCAAGCGCACCGUCCAUUUCGUUGAAGGAUUCUAUUUCUCCAUCCUUGCACUACAAUAUCGUACCUUCCAUGGCUUCCUUCAUGCACACAGCCAAUUCAGAUCCAAUAAACUCUUCGAUCUCUGUUACUGCCGCUGAUCCGGAGCCUUUGUUAGCCAGUACAACUCCUCAACCUCCCGCAAAACCACCCGCCUCAUCUUUACCUGAAAGACUACAAAGCGAUGAAUCCAUCUCCGCUGUCGCUAAGCCCCGAAAGAAAAAGAGGAAAAAACUCAAUUUAUCUGAAAUGCUCGAUUUGGAUCAAGCAGACCAAGUCGAAAGUCCUACGGGACCAAUUUCAAUUGUGUCGAGCGAAGGGCACGAUUUGAAGGUUGAGGCGAUGGCCUUAGAUCCAGCUGUUAAGUCUUCAGAACCAGAUUUUCCUACCCCUGAUAUGCAAGGAAGCUCUACGGUAGGAAUCAAACGCGCACGGUCAAACUCAAGCUCUAGAAUGCCUGGCUCGCAUUCGCCAAAUUUCUUAGACCGAGUGUUGAAAUGGGAGUCACCAAUCGACCGAACUGAACAUGAACAUCGCCCUUUAUCUAUUGAACCUCAUGAAUCUGCCGCCGCUCAUAUCACCUCCGCUUUGGUUGAAGACAAGGACAAGGAUAGCCCUGAUGCUGAGGAUGCUAUGGAAGUCGAUAUAGAACCAGCUCAAGAUAAUGGGCCUGAGGAUGAGAUCAUGAUGGACGUGAUCAAUAAUAAUCUUCAGACUGUCGAAGCGUCGCUGACCACUUCUGACAAAUUGGAAUCUGUUAAAGCUGUUGAAGUACUGCCACCUACACCUGAUGAAGCUAAUGAUGCAUCAUCGACAACAAUGGCCCUGAACGAUGCACCUCAGCCUAUAAUUAUCAAAACACCUCACAAAGUCUCUCUACCCGAAUUUUCCGGAUUUAGUAAAACACUUAAUACUCGAAAGCAAGAAGGUCUAUCGACGACGGCUCAAAUCGCAAUGCGCUUCACGGUGGAUCGAGAACAGCUCACUUCACUCGAGAACUGGAAUAGAAGAAAUAUCUCUCCGAUUCGUGAAGACAGGAAAGAAACACUUUGCAUUUCCCUGGCGUGUUAUCUUCGAGCAGACAUGGCAAAGAACCCGGGAAACUAUAAUGCCCUGAAAUCCCGGUGGCCUAAGAGGCAUCGACUAGACCUCAACGUCACAAAACAAGAUGGAACUAACAAGACAAUACCUCUUAAUCCUCCGACUGUUUGUACUCCCGAUGGAUUCGUUGACCUAGGUCCAUUCAUCAAACAAGGCGAAAACAUAAUUAAGAUAUCCCAGAAUGGGGAUCUAUCUGCCUAUGUCUUUUGUUUGCAUGUUCAUGACCCUACGCUUGCUCAAAUCCAAAGGCUUAAUCAAGUGUUAGAUGCUAAUAUGGAGUGGGAAAUCUGGUGUAAAUCGGUUUCGAGGCCUCUGAAUUUAGAACCGAGCACUUUCGCACUGCAUGCAUUCUGAAACUUGAGAAUUACACACUUACGUGUAUCCAGGAUC